CUGCCUCGUUGCUGUCGCAGCUUGCCGGAAGCCCGCGUCGCGAAGUCGCCGUGGGGCGGAGGGAAGCGGCCGGUAGCCGUAGGCAGGACUAUGGUUCUUUGUUUUCUGAGCAGAACACUGCAACUAGCAAGACAUUCAUCCAGUCCACUUUGGAGACAGCUCUCUUCAACCAGCACAAAUAAGCCAGUGUUGACUUUAUUCACCAAGAAACCAUGCCCACUCUGUGAUGAAGCAAAAGAAGUGCUUGAACCAUAUAAGAGAAGGUUUAUUUUGCAGGAGGUGGAUAUUACCCUUCCAGAGAAUUCAGCAUGGUGUGAUAAAUACAGAUAUGACAUACCUGUUUUUCAUUUAAAUGGGAAGUUCCUAAUGAAGCAUCAAGUAGACAUUAAAAAGUUUGAGGACCAGCUUACAAAACUGGAGUUGCAAAAUGCCAGAAACCAAUGAAGAAAAUGCAGCUGUUCCAGUAUGGAUCUGAAAGUACUGUGCAACAUAAAUUCUGAGAAAAUGCAGUAUUCAUCAUUUGGCCUUAGGUUUCUUAGAUUGUAAGGUACCAAUGUCCUAAAAAACUUGGUGACUUGUAUUCUACUUUCCAUUAGUCGUCCAGCCCAGCUGCACCAGUGCCAGUCUUUUCUGUCCCAUUUGUUUGCUGCUAUCCUAGACUGGCUUUUCAUUGACAGAAUAAAUGCUGGUCCAUCACAGUAGAUACAAUGAA